UCAGCUGAGAGCUCUCCACUGAAGGGGCGUUGUGUGUUAUUUUUCAUUUUUUUGUGAGAUUAUGCCAAAUACUUCACCUCAGAGGACCAGUACAUGUGUGUUCGUGUGUUUGUGGGCCACGGCGGUGCUGGUUGUAGUGCUAGUGGUGCUGCUGGGAGGAGAAAUAGCCCCCACCCCCUGGACGCACAUCACUGUACAGGGCACCAAGUGUGUGAGUGAGCCGGUGCAGGGCUGGUUCUUCCCCGCUGGCAAGCACGGCUGCAUCACCGCCAUUGACUCCACCAAUCACAGGAACAGAAAACUCAAGGAGAUCGCCAGCCACCCGGACAAUAUCCAUUAUUCGUUUCAGGUCCCGUCGGUGGAUGCAGGCGGUGGGUUCUCACGAUGGCAGCGGAGGCUUUAUGCUGUCCUGCGCCUCCGCCUCCUCCACAUCGAUGCAGGUUAUUUCUCAGGACACAGCAGCCGGGUGACCCUGAAGACCUCCCUGGGGUACACCACCACCGGGGAGCUGUACCGUCCCAGCCUCAUCGCCAGCAGUUACCAGGAACGCAAACUGUCGUGCAACUCGGUCAAGCGUCACGUCUUCCAAGGCCAAACCUUCGACUGCUCCCCUCAGGUGCUGGCCGUCCUCUUCUCCCUGCAGCACGACCGGUACCUCCUCAACCUGCUCAUCCCCACCAGGAGGGAGGACACCAAUGAGUUCACCAAUCGCAACUUGGGACGUGUGACAGAUGUGUAUGUGACGUUCUUCAGCCAGGCGGUGUGGUACAUGCGGGUGCUGAUGGCGUUGCAGGUGCUGUUCUUCCCUGUGGUGGCUGUGCUGCUGUGGAAGUUCAGGAGGAGCGUCGCAGCACUGGAGCGUCCACCUAACCAUUUGGAGUGCGUUCUGGCCCUCCUCGCCAUGGCACUGCUUACCAUGAACUGUCCCGUGGAGGUGGCAUCCUUGGUGGUGGAGUGCCCCUGGCUGGUCGUGGUCAAUGAUGUGAGGAAGAACUUUUUCUAUGCUUCCUUCAUGACCUUCUUUCUUUAUCUUACUGACAAACAUCUAGAGCCAGGACGAGUGUGCCCCCAUGCCAAGAGGGCCAUUAACCUGAGCAUCCGGUCCGGCACGCUGGCCAUCAUCAUCGUGGACAUGACAGAGCACAUCGUCAGCAUACAGAACCCCCUGGCAGUCACUUAUGAGCCCAUGCACCUCAGUAUGUCCAUGCUCAUGUACGCUAUGCUGGCCUGCUACCUCGGCUGCAUCAGUGUGCGGACCUGUGCUGCCCUGGAUGCCAUCAGGAGGAAGGGCGUGGCACAGGAGGAGGAGACGCGGUGCCAGGAGGCGAUGGUGCUGGUGCUGACUUGGGUGGUGUUCUGCCUCAGUGCUGCAGACUUUGUGCUCAAGAGGCUUCAUGACGGAAUGUGGAUGUGGGAAUACAGCCUCGGAGAACUUGAGAUAGAGAACACUGGUGGCUUCUUGCUGGGGGUGUUCUGCAUGUGGAACGCCUACACCUGCGUGCUGCUGGUAGUGUACACCCCCCUCAAGAAGGCGCCCGAGCCAAGAGGUCAGUCUGUGGCAAGAGGAUUGGGUCAGGUCAGGCCAGGUCAGUACAGAGGUUUGGAGGGUCGCUUUUUGAUGCCCAUUGAUUCCCCCGCAGUGAGGAUAGACAUGUCGCGGGUGGUCGGUGUGCCGCUGAGGGCCAGGCAGUCCCCCUCCUUUGUCGACCUCAGAGUUACCACCUUAUGAAGACUGGUGGGUGUAGAACCAUAGAACCACCACUGGAACCUCGAAACACCCACCACACGCAUCACACGCAUCACACUCACCACACACACCACCUUGUCUAUCCAGCGUUGAGGUGUCUGGGCCAGCAAGCAUUCCAAUUAUCCCUCCACACCACUGCCACUAGGAAUGUCUCAGGCUCUCCACGCACACCCAGAGCCCACAAGGCCCCAUGAACCCCGGAGCAGAGGUAAGGCACUCCUUGAAUCGUGUGAAGCCUCCUUGAAAAAUCGCACUGGUCUCAGGAUUUCACAGCAUCUCGGGUUAUCAAAGGGUGUUCCUCAGUGUCCGGUUUCAAAGUUUGGUGUCCUGUUGUGUUUUUGUGAGUAAAUGAUUGACGAGGUUGUGUGUGCCUGUGUUUGAGAGUAAGGCAAGGUGAUGUUAUGUGCUUGUGUGUGUUUUUUGUGUCUGCUUCUUGGAUUGGAUUGACUGUGAAAGGUUCCAGUGAGAGUUGUUAAGGUUUUCAAGGGUGUUUUUGGGGUGUUAGGUAUAGUUCAGCUAAGGGUUGUGUACCUCCAACAGGCUCAAGUGGAAGUUUUAAGGGUUUUCAAGGGUGUUUUUGUGGUUCUAGGGAUAGUUUAAUGGUUGUGUACAUAUUAAUAGCCUUUAUUAAAAUGCAUUAAGGUUUUCAAGGAUUGAUUUGAAUUUAGGGAUAGCUCAACAUUCAUUGCACAUUUAAUAGACUCAAAUGGAAGCUUUGGGGGUUUUGAAGUGUAUUUUCAUGGAUGUCAUGGAAGUUAUUUUUUUAUAUGAGGGAAAAACUGGCCAAGGACAACAAAAACUAAAAAAAAGAUGGUCUACUUAAUUGCCAGUCCCCUUACAGGUUCAAUAGAGUUAGCCAAAAGAAAAGGAUAAAUCUCUUGAAGCCUCCCUCUUAAAUUUGGUCAUUAAUGGUAGUUUUUUUUGUAUUGAGCAAAGAGUUAUGGGUGUUUCCAAGGGUGUUUUGAUUACAGCCAUAGUUAAACAUGAAUUCUACACUUGGAGUUAGGUUGGAAUGUAAGUUAUAGGGUUUUAAGAGUGUUUUUCUUGAUGUUAGGGACAGUUAAGUGUGGAUUUGCAGUUUGAAUAGUCUUGAAUGAAAUUUAUAGAGUUUUUCAAGGGAGUUUUCUUGAUUUUAGUGGUUAAACAUUACUUCUACAUUUUUUAGUAGGUGGGAAUGUAAGUAAUAGGGAUUUUUAAGAGUGUUUUCAUUAAUCUAGUUAAAGGAGCAGUAUACAUUGUCUGGGUAGAAAAACACCCAUGAAAACCUAAACUAACCAUCUCUGUGGCCUUUGAAAAUGGUCUUGAUGAGGCUGAACCACUGCAAGACACAGGCCUGAGUGGAACCAACAGACCAGUUCAUCACUCCUCAACAUUUCAGUGUUGGCGUUUAGAGGAAAGUUUUGCUGGCAGACUGAAAACAAAGACCGACUCCAUUGAUAUAUUUUCAUAACACUGGAACUUCUCAGCUCAACACCAGAAGAGAGAGAGAGAGAGAGAGAGAGAGAGAGAGAGAGAGAGAGAGAGAGAGAGAGAGAGAGAGAGAGAGUUCUUUUCCACCCCUGUUCAUGUGUGUAUGUAUUAAAAAAUAACUGAAUAUUUUGAAAGAACCAAUUACUUAAUUUAUAAGGUAUUUAAUGGAGGUGGAGUAAGUUGGGAUGAUGUUUCCAUGUGUGAGAGAGAUUUUUCUUUUUUCCUUUUCUUCCUUUCCAUGUGUGUAUAUAUUCAGGAUCCCAUGCCAAAAAUAACUGAAUAUUUUGAAAGAACUUAAUUACUUCAUUUGUAAAGUUUUUAAUAGACAUGGAGCAAGAUGGGGUAAUGUUUCCAUGUAUGAGAAAGAGAGAGGUUCUUUUUUUCUUCCUGUUUAUGUGUGUAUGUAUUCAAGAUCCUAUGCCAAAAAAAAAAUAUUUUGAAAGAACCAAUUACUUUAUUUGUAAGGUUUUUGAUAGACAUGGAGCAAGGUGGAAGACGUUUCCAAAUGUGUGUGGCUAUUCACCUCUUCAGUACUGGGACACAUAUUUACUACGAGUUUUGAGUGUACGAUUAGACAAUUUUAUUUACAUUAGGAAAAGUCUAUGGAGCUCAGAAUAAUAAUGCACAAAAUCCUCACUAUUUUAAU